AUUAAAGCCGGCUGAUUAAACAAAUGGUUUAAAGAAAUUUGAGCAGUAUGCAUGUAAAGAUGUUAUCUUUAAAUAGUAAAUAUGAAACCAUUUACUUCGUGCAUGUGCGCCAUGCAUUUGGUCGGUGGAAAUUCUUGUUUCAAAUAUGCGGAGUGACUUUAUUAUCGCAAUUAGAUAAAUCUUUUUGAAAGAUGUUUUCGAGAAAUGGGCUCGAAGAUAGAACCGUACUUCAUACUCACGGCAGAGAAAGUGACCGAUCCUAGAGAGUUACAAAAUAUCAGAAACGACGAAAAUGACACCCCAGAUAAACUACCGACCACUCCACCACCUUCCGGUGUAUCGGGACAGACUGGUACCGAUAUUAUUUUAAAGUUCGGACAAAAAUCUUCAAGGAAAAAGAAGGGAUUUGUAAAAUACAAGAUACCGAUAAAAGAACUCCGAAGAAAGGAUACUUUAAACAAAAAGAUGGAAAUUAUUAAAGAAAAGCUUGAAAAGUCAAGAGAACGAUUUAAAGGACAAACACGUAGCAAUGAAGAAAUAAAUCUUAUGUGCGGUCCAGCGCAUUUGAAUAAAGACCUCAGUUCAUCCGUUGAUACAUUUAAAUUAGACAGAUCUAAAUCAGAUAUGAGUCCCGUAAAACAAACUGAGGGAAGUUCGCCUUAUACGUAUUUUGUUGUGUCAGAUGAUAUUAAAGAAGAUGCUAUUGGAAAAAGUGUGAGUAAAAGUGCUGAUAAAAGGAGACGGGUGCGAAAUGCGGAAGAAAAUCGAUGGAAAAGGGAAAGGACGGAUGGACAGAAAUCUCCCGUCAAGAAAGUUGGUCUAGCCAGAGAAUUGGGAAUUAAGUCAAGCAUAAAAUUGAAACCUGACUCCAGCGGUUCUAGCAAACCUUCUAUUAGUCAUAUCAUUUUUGAAGGUCCUGAGAGCCAAGAACAGCCAAAGUUUCAUAAUACAAAUUCGAAGAUUAUACGCUCUGUUCAUAGCCCUCCAAGGAUUCCACCUUGCACCCCUUCUGUAAGCCUCUUUACACAUUUAGGAGAAAGCAAGACCGAACAACCUGUCGAAGAUACAGAUGAUAGUGUCCCGAGGAAACCGUUUUUAUCAGGACCCCUUUACUCCGGUAAAAAUCGUGGAACACAUUCAUUUUCGCUUCAACAUUUGGAGUUACCGAAUAUAUCAGCGGAUCAGAAAAGGCGUGCAUUGGGACUGGGCACAAAAUUCGAGGAGUUCACGUAUCCAAAACCUCAAUCUGAACAAAGACAGAGGAAUUUCUCCUUCCUAAAUGCGCUACCGGUAGUUAAAGGAACCGGUAUGCUUUUCAAUUUUAAUGAAAUGAAAGAAAACAUUGGACUUGAAAUACCGCCACUUGGACCAAGGUCUAUGACGCUUGGUAGCAUCUUGUUGCCGUCCGAAAAACUAGAUAAGCAAUCUAUGUGUCAGAAAUAUAUAGCAGGCGACAGUAUGGCAACAGCCAAAAGAGUUAAGAAAACUGGGACACCUAUGUCCUUACCUAAAAUUGACAUAGUAUCAAAUGUAUAUGAUGAUAUGAUUAUAAAGAUGAUUAAAGAGUAUUUACAAGACACGGAGACGCCUUCCCGCCAGUCUCAAUUAGCCAAGGAAUUGCUCGUUCACUUACAGAAGCACAAUGAACACAUGAAAGAACUGAACGUUCCGAAUCUUAACAAGAAACAAAAACAGAAGGUCACGAAAGAAGACAUUUUGAAAAGUCAUUCAAAGACUCAACAACUCAUUAAUGACAUGAACUUUGUUGCUCCUCCAAAUUCUGCUGAAGACUUUGAGGCCAAGGUUAUGACACCAUUGGCAAAAACUAGAGAAAUUGCCAAUUCUGGAAUGUUAGAAGAACGUGAAGAAACAGGUGUUGAUAGACAACUUUUAAAGAGUGCUGAUAAUCCAAGAAGUAUACCUUUUGUGCAAAUAACAUUUAAAGAUAGGGCUCUAGAAAAUGAUAGCCCGGGCUAUCUUCUUGCUAAGGAGGAUUCAACGCUUUCAAACUCGAAAGAACAAACUAAAGAAAAGAAAUCAAAUGAACGACCUAUUUUAAGCGCUGUUACGCCCGUAUCUUUCCAGAUGGCGCCACCUGGACUUAGUAAGGAGGACAGUUUCAUCACAGCUCAAGCUUCGUACAAAACACAAUUACUAGCGAAGACAUGAGUAGAAAAGGCAAAUCUACUGAUUACUGAUAAAAAUGUUUUUCAAAACUUUGUACUUUUCUACCGCUGGUUGAUAGUUUUAUGAAUUUAAAUUCAUUCAAAGAAUAUAUUCCUUCGUCCGUGUUUAUCAGCAGUUUUGCUUGUGUUAUCAUAAAUAAGAGUGCAGACUUCCGAUUGGUCGCCAUUCUGUGGAUGCAACAAAGCGCAAAAUGGCCCAUGGGCCACCUAUGGCAUAAAAUGGCGCCAAAAUAAUGGUGAUACUUUUUGUUAUUCAUAGUGACAUAUGCAUAGUGCCUAUUACAAAUGUUUAACGUCACACGAUUUCCAUAUGUUCGCUACUUGUACAAUCUCUUGAUUUGUUUGUUUGUUUGUUUCAUUUUACGCCUUUCCCAACAGUAUUUCAGUCAUAUAGGCGGGUAGUUUCCUAACCAUCGUUCCUGGAGAGUUACACCAGUACUAGACUACCUUCCUCCACGCUAAACUACCAAAGCAUCUCCCGGGGAUCUCUUGACUUAAUUGUUAUUGUUAUACUCAUAUUGAUAUGUAAUCAUUUACAAGUAGGCCUAUAUUCACGUGAAAAGGAAACUUUUUUUGUCAUAAAAAUAAAUGUUGAGUCACUAUAUCACCUAUAAUUUGACUGUUAUUUAUUAGUUAAAGGUAUAUCGCUCGAGAUAUGUUGUUGUUAAGUUAUAUAUUCAUGUAUAUCAGCUCUUAUUAUCGUCAAAUAUAUAUUU